CAUUGCAGACUAUCUACAUAACUUCAUCAGCAUUGCAGACUAUCCGCGUAACUUCAUCAGCAUUGCAGACUAUCUACAUAACUUCAUCAGCAUUGCAGACUAUCUACAUAACUUCAUCAGCAUUGCAGACUAUCUACAUAACUUCAUCAGCAUUGCAGACUAUCUACAUAACUUCAUCAGCAUUGCAGACUAUCUACAUAACUUCAUCAGCAUUGCAGACUAUCUACAUAACUUCAUCAGCAUUGCAGACUAUCCGCAUAACUUCAUCAGCAUUGCAGACUAUCUACAUAACUUCAUCAGCAUUGCAGACUAUCUACAUAACUUCAUCAGCAUUGCAGACUAUCUACAUAACUUCAUCAGCAUUGCAGACUAUCCGCGUAACUUCAUCAGCAUUGCAGACUAUCUACAUAACUUCAUCAGCAUUGCAGACUAUCUACGUAACUUCAUCAGCAUUGCAGACUAUCUACAUAACUUCAUCAGCAUUGCAGACUAUCUACAUAACUUGA